CGUUGGGUACUCUACGUGAACCCGCAACCCUUUUGUUGUUGUUCUCACGCUAACAUGCGAGAUCCGCAGAGGCGACUCGACUGCAUUCCGCCCAGACCAGACUUCCCCUACGCCAGCGGCCUGCUCAUUUUGAGAUGAGGACAAGAUGUCGGUGUCGGGGCUGAAGGCCGAAUUGAAGUUUCUUGAGUCAAUAUUUGACCCAAACCACGAGAGAUUCCGAAUUAUAGACUGGAAACCCGACGAACUGAGUUGCCAGUUUAACGUAACAGGAGAGAAGCUGCUGAUCAUUCACUGCAACAUUACGGAGUCUUAUCCCUCAACGUCCCCCAUAUGGUUUGUCGACUCCGAUGAUCCAAGUCUCGCCGAAGUGUUGGAGCGCUUGGAGGAUGUGCGGAAAGGCAACACGUUGCUUCUUCAACAGCUGAAACGUCUCAUAUGUGACCUGUGUCGACUUUACAACCUCCCUCAGCAUCCAGAUGUGGAAAUGCUUGACCAGCCUCUGCCUGCUGGCCCCAUUAUCCAAGAGCGAAAGCACGGACCAUCAGAUGAAGUGACGUCUGAGGAAGAUGAAGAAGAAGAAAUGGGAGAGCAGGAUAUUGACUUGGACCAAGACCUGGACCAUUAUGACAUGAAAGAAGAAGAGCCGGUAGAUGGCAAAAAAUCAGAAGAUGACGGCAUUGAAAAAGAACACUUGGCCAUUUUGGAGAAGAUCCGUAAAAAUCAGAGACAGGACCAUUUGAACGGUGCAGUCUCCGGCUCUGUGCAGGCUUCGGACCGCCUCAUGAAGGAACUCAGGGAGAUCUAUAGAUCGCAGAGUUACAAGACAGGUAUUUAUUCAGUGGAACUCGUCAAUGACAGCCUCUAUGACUGGCACAUCAAGUUAAGGACGGUAGAUCCAGAUAGCCCGCUGCAUAGUGAUUUGCAGGUCUUAAAAGAAAAAGAAGGCGUGGAUUAUAUUCUUCUUAAUUUCUCUUAUAAAGAUAAUUUUCCUUUCGACCCACCUUUUGUGCGGGUUGUCGCUCCUGUGCUCUCUGGAGGUUAUGUUUUAGGAGGAGGAGCCUUGUGUAUGGAACUUCUCACAAAGCAGGGCUGGAGCAGUGCCUAUUCCAUAGAAUCUGUUAUUAUGCAGAUAAAUGCAACUCUGGUGAAAGGAAAGGCCAGAGUUCAAUUCGGGGCCAAUAAGAACCAGUACAAUCUUGCCAGAGCACAACAGUCAUACAAAUCCCUUGUGCAGAUUCAUGAAAAGAAUGGCUGGUACACCCCUCCUAAAAAGGAUGGAUAAGCAGCUUCAAUCACUAUGCACUGGGAACAUGGGUCAAAGUGUCUCAUUUUCUUUGGAGUAUUUUCCCUGUCUGACUUGUUGGGAGUGCAUUACGCUUCUUGCAGAUCCAUCCAGUUGGUUCAUCUGACAAGUGUUCCCUCGUAUGAUGUCGGGACGUUACCCGCCUUGUUCAGAUAUCUUCGAUUGUCUCUUCUCCGGUCUGAAUGAGGGGGAAAUUUUCUGCUUUUGAAAAAGUGGACUUAAAAUGAGAGUUUUAAAAGUCAUUUUGAAGCCCUUGGAGUGGCUCGUCACCUCACGUGUUUUUAUUGAAUUUGUUGUUGUUAAUUAACAGGUACACGAUUUUUUUCCCCCAAGCUAUCUAGCAAAUGUUUAUUUUAUUUGAGCAUCCUAGACAAUAAAUGAGCCAGUUGUCAUAGUUUGGAUGGUUAUCUUUAAAUUGAAAUGGCUUUCCACUCUUCUUAUAUGAUAACGAUAGAGAUGGUUGGCUUGAUGUUAAAGAAUCAACUUUAGAUUGCGCUCCCUUUUGAUAAACUGAACAUGAUCCGUUUUAACUAGGCAUCAUGAUGUGCUCCCGCAGAACUAUUGCCUUUUUCCUGUCCGCACAUUAUCCCUGCAAGAGUUUUACUAGUUACAGCAGCAGUUGAUGUGGGUAUGAAUGCAGUCUCAGUUGUGGCUGGAAACAUUUUCAUCCCUCAUAUCAGACUCACUGAAGACACAAAGGUUGUUUUUUUUUAUAGUGUACUUUUUUAGUCCCGACACACCUCGAUUGUAGUGGUUUGCACCUUUCCAGUUUAGUUACACAGCCACAACCCUGUUACAUGAUGGAGAGCUGUUGGGUGAUUCGUAUUUAAAAAAAAAAAAAAAAAAAAGCUGGCUAAAUUGCUCCGAUAUGCAGAUGUACUUGUGUUGCUUUUAGCGGGAGAAAGGAAAGGAUUGCUUAUUUCGAAAGAAUGCAUAAUUUGUCUCAAUUUGGCUGUCAUCCCUCCUGCAAAUCCAUUUUUUAUUAUUAAAUUCCCAGGUCACGUUCAGGUCCUGUUUCAGAGACUAUUUGAAUUGUCCUAAAGCAACACAAUAGCAUUCAUCACCAAGAGUCUCAUUGUGAUUUCAUUAGAAGUGAUUUGUAAUUUCCCACUGAAGGUCUUCCUCCCAAGCAUUGGAAAGCAGUUCUGGUCAGGAUGAUUUUUUUUGUCUUUUUUCUAACUUUUAUUGUAUAACAUCAACAACAAAAGUGGUCAGCUCAGAGGGCCGUCAUCUGCCGAUGUGAGCGCCUACCUGCCGAUGCCAAAAUUCUGCUCUGAGUGGCAAAAUGAAAGAUUCAAGAUCGAAAGUCAUUUAGCAGUGAAUGGACUUACACUUGUCUAACCUGGACUGUGAUGGAAAAGGAAUCUCUAAAACCGACGGACAAAACGAAGACUGCGUCUGGUGCGAUUUGCUUGCUUUGAGUUCUUUUGUUUUUUUCCAUUUGAAGACAUUUUGACCAUGUACAGUAAUUUGUAAACUUGCAUCAAGUUUAUGAAUAAAUACUUUUAUGAUUAUUGUUUUGGGGAUUUAAUUUGUCAUCGGCAAAAGGGUUUGUUGGAAUAUUGGAAACUUAAGGUGUCGGCCGUCUGACGAGCUAAAUAAAGCUUUAAAUUUGAUUAAUUCACAAAGUCCUGAAUCUUUCCAAAAAUGCAAUUUAAUCAACAGGCAUUCCAACUGAAAAUUGGUUGCAGAUACUGUUUGGUAUUUUUGCAGGACCAAAAAAUAUGCAUCUCCCUCACGGAGACCCUGCCUCAAAUACACCUGGAAUAUUUUGACUCACCCCACAAAUAAUGUUUUUAUUCAUACUUUUUUCCAUUUAUAGUACAUGAUAAUACAUAUCAGCGAACAGUACACAUGGGAACAUUAGAAGAAACUGCUUUUGGAAGCUUUAAUACAGCACUAUAAUGCAAUGCAUCUUUGUCUGAUUCACAAAUUCACGUCACUUUUUUUUUUUUUUUUGCACUCUUAUGCAUUUAAGAACAUCUGCCGAACACUCACUGUACAAGUGAUGGUGUACAUGUAACGUAAACACUGGAUAGAGUCCAUAAACAGUAGUGGUUUUCAUUUUACGAGCAAAACUUAGGAGCUCCACUAAUUAUACAGGUUAAACCAUUUUGCAAUUUGACAGUCUUGGAUUACACUGAGCACCUUUGUUAAGAGGCAAUUUACUUACAUUUUAAAAAUACAAAAAAUAAAAACAUGGAGGAAUAAAACAUGUGCUUGAAAUUCAUCCAAAUGGCAACUGAAAGGUUAAACAAAACUGCAUUUAGAUUUUUCACAUCAUCACAACCAGACAAGACAAAUCACAUUUCGGAAAUGACAAGAAAUCAGUAACAUUUUUUGUACAUUUGUUUCAAAUCUAUCUAACACUGUGCCACUGGCAAUAAGCAUCUAGGGAAUCUCGAAGACAUUUGGAUCACCUCAUUUAAAUUCAUAUUGUAAUUUUCUUCAUUGUUAAUAUAGUACACCUGGUAGAAUCACACUUAACAGCUACAGAAUGACAACGAAACAAGGAUGUGUGUGUGUAAUAUUUUUUUUAAAGCAUUUUACAAGAAAAGGCAGAAUUUUUCAGAGAGAAAACUGCUUUGACCACCUACAACAUCGACUAUUCACAUUGUAUGUCCAAAUCAAGACACUGUUUUGGAAUGUUUUUCCAGUCAACUGCGCUCUUAUUACAGCACACAUCCUGACCAUUGAAGCAGCAAAACUGGGUUCAUUUGUGGAAUGGAGACAUAUUUUCUAAAUUUAAUAGUCUGCUGUAAAUAGGGCCCUUCAGAUUCUGCCCUUUUACACACAACCAAUGUGUAUCACAAACAUUGAAUGCUGCAGAGCUGCUACUGAAUGAUGAUACAGUGGGUUAAAAAAAAAAAAAAAGGUUAUACAGCAGCUUACAGAUUUAAAAAUACUGCAUAAAACCACACAGGAUGAAUUCAAUGACUUUGACAUUUGAGCAUAAUAAGGUUUUUAGCACUUGUAUUGUAACGGUGGUUAUAGUUAAUACUUUACUAGUGCCCCAGAAUCAAUACAAGCUAGCUUUGCAACUUUGUCUUAGCAUAACAUCCAAAGGUUACAAAAUUGUUGUUAAAACCCAUUAUAGUUAAUAUCAUUUAUACAACUUGGUGGAAGAAUGCCCAUGUUGGGAUUUUAUGUGGUUUUGAAUGAAAAUG